AUGGCUUACAGGGCCAAAGCAUAUGCAUCAGACGAAGUGGUAGGCUCCUUCACUAAGCAAUAUAGUAGAAUUUUUUAUUAUGCUCAUGAGUUAUUAGCAAGAAACCCUGGGUCUACAAUCAAGGUCAAAGUUGAGCCAUAUGAUGGGAAAACAAUGUUCCAGAGGUUUUACGCAUGCCUAAAGGCAUGCAAAGAUAGCUUUGUAUCAUGCAGGCCAAUCAUUGGCCUUGAUGGAGCCUUCUUGAAAGGCAGACAUCAUGGUGAGCUUUUAACUGCUGUUGCGCGAGAUGCAAACGACCAAAUUUUGCCAUUGGCGUAUGCAAUCGUUGAAGUUGAGAAAAAGGAGACAUGGACAUGGUUUCUGGAGCUAUUGAUUGAAGACCUAGGUGGUUCAGAUAUGUGUUCUGCACUUAUAGUCAUGUCAGAUCAACAAAAGGGUUUAAGACAAGCUGUACAAGAUGUUUUUCCUGAAGUUGCACAAAGAUUUUGUGUAAGGCAUUUAUAUGCCAACUUCAGGAAAAAAUUCCCUGGAAAAAACUUGAAAAGGCUUAUGUGGAGGGCAGCUCCAACAACCCACCCACAACAAUGGGAGAAUGAGAUGAGAAAUAUGAAAGAGGUGAACGAAGAUGCUUUUAGACAUCUGAUAGCAAUUCCUCCAAGUUGGUCUGCAUACAGGCUUUUUGAAAUCAAACAUGUGUCCCAAAAUGGGGACAACUUUGUGGUAGAUAUAGAUAAAUAUACAUGUUCCUGCAGGAAGUGGAGCAUCAGUGGAAUUCUUUGUAUGCAUGCAUUGGCAGUAAUGAGGUUUCUCAACCUAGAUGCAGAGGAGUACCUACCUGUAUGGUUUAAAAUGUCAACCUAUGAAGAGAUGUAUUCAUCCAUUAUAUAUCCCAUUAAUGGAAAACAUCUAUGGGAGGUCAUCCAAUGUCCAGAUGUCUUGCCUCCACCAAAAAGACAGUUGUCUGGUCGUCCUAAGAAGAAAAGGAGAUUAAAGCAAUGGGAGUUGAAGAAAAGUACCACCAAAAUGUCAAAAGGGGGACUUACUAAAGAGAUGUACCAUCUGUAG